UGGCCUUUGGCCCAAAUAAUAUUGUUUAGGGUUUAAGAGUAGGUAUAUGAACAUCCCCGUUUUCUGCUUCACUCCCUUUCUCUCUUUCGUCUCUGCCAUUUUCUCUGCGUCUAAAACCAUGGCAUUCGUGAAAGCUCAAAAAACAAGAGCUUACUUCAAGCGAUUCCAAGUUAAGUUCAAGAGAAGGCGUGAGGGUAAGACUGAUUACAGGGCCAGGAAUCGCCUGAUUAAUCAGGACAAGAACAAGUACAACACUCCAAAGUAUCGCUUUGUUGUGCGAUUUACAAACAAAGACAUAAUUGCACAAAUCAUAUCCGCUAGCAUCACUGGUGACUCAGUUCUUGCUUCGGCUUAUGCACAUGAGCUUUCUCAUUAUGGACUUAAAGUGGGUCUCACGAACUAUGCUGCAGCAUACUGCACUGGUCUUCUUUUGGCUCGGAGGGUCUUGAAAAUGCUUGACAUGGAUCAAGAAUAUGAAGGAAAUGUCGAGGCAACCGGGGAAGAUUUCUCUGUUGAACCAGCAGAUACCAGGAGACCUUUCCGUGCUCUUCUUGAUGUAGGUCUUAUUAGAACUACUACUGGAAACCGUGUUUUUGGCGCACUGAAGGGAGCUUUGGAUGGAGGACUUGAUAUACCUCACAGUGACAAGCGAUUUGCUGGAUAUGGUAAGGAUGGCAAGCAACUUGAUGCUGAGGUUCACCGUAAAUAUAUCUAUGGUGGGCACGUUGCUUGGUACAUGAAGACAUUGACUGAAGACGAGCCCGAGAAGUACCAAUCGCACUUCAGUGAAUAUAUCAAGGCAGGAGUAGACGCAGAUGGACUUGAGGCGUUGUACAAGAAGGUCCAUUCUGCUAUACGAGCUGACCCUACAGCCAAGAAGUCUCAGAAGGAGGCUCCUAAAACACACAAGAGGUUCAACCUGAAGAAAUUGACUUACGAUGAGAGGAGGGCUAGUUUGAUAAAGAGGCUGAAUGCUCUUAACUCAGCAGCUGGAGCUGAUGACGAUGAUGAGGAUUCUGAUGAAGAGUGAAGACAUACAGAGUGUUUUUUUUAAUCCUGAUUUUGAUACAGAUUGAAGAAUUUCAGUUUUGUUAGUGACAAGGUUUGAGAAAAAUGUUAUAGAAGUUUAUUUUUGCUAUGUUUUUAAUAUGCCAAACAUUCAAUUGUAGCUGGAUUUAGUUUGAGUUGCUACAACUAUUCUAUGUUUGAUUGUUUGGUCAAAUUAAAUUAUUAGGCUCUUGAACUCAUA